UUACAGGCAUGAGGUGUUUUGUGCUUCCUACACUGACGAUCGUUAAGGCCCAACAACAUCUCUCAAAAUCAAAAGCACACCAAACAGGCGCUAAAGGUCGUAAAAAUGGAAGAAAGCUCGAAUUCUUCAGCAGAGGCCGUCAUCGAAACCCUAAGAACCAGAGGUUGGUGUUUCGGCGAUAUCCAGCAACUUAGAGCCCUAAUUGUCAUACACUCCGCUUUGGCCGAUGAUAGGGAAACCAGUACGGUGGUCGAUUCACUUGAACCGGACCUACUUAAUAUGGACCUUCGAUCCAUCGGGGGCAAGUCGUUGCCUGACUCUGUCCGAAAGCUAUCUCAUAUUCAAGGCCCCAAAGUCCUCCAGAUAUCUUCAGCUAGGGACAUAUCCAGGAGCAGCAUUGAGGAUUUUUCUGGAAAUUCAAGUAGUGAGCGUUUGCUAAGAUUAACUCUUACGGAUGGGCACAGUGAAGUAACCGCAAUAGAAUACACGCAUAUCCCAGCUAUUUCUAAUGAUGUAGUUCCUGGCACAAAGGUCCGUUUGGAGAAUAAAGUUGCAGUACAUAGUGGUAUAUUGUGUUUGAAUCCAAAAGUGAUUACAAUUUUAGGGGGUGUUGUACAAUCACUCUAUGAAGAAUGGGAGAUGAGUAGAAAAUAUUCGGUGUCCUCCCGAUCUUCUGUAAGACCACCACAAGAAAGUGAUGGUGGUGGUCCUCCUCCAUUUGAGAAGUUGCAGAUUAGGGCAACUUCACAUCGGUUUGCUCAGCGUGGCAGAUUACACCAAGAUGACUCUCCGUGGACCUUAAAGACUAAUGAACCUAUUGCUGUGGAAGCUGUUGGAAUUGCUGAAGUUCGGCUGAAAAGUAGUCAGCUGAGCUCUGAUCUGAGAACAAGCAACUCGAUUAAUAGUCUACAAGGGACUUCCCUUGACGAAAGGACUGAAGAAAAGCCGAGUAGCUCUCAGGCAAGACCAAAAGAAGCUGUUGAAUCUUUUCCUGCUCAAAACCAAGCGGCUUCCCAAAAACUUCUCCAGAAAAUGAGUAAUCCCAAUCAAGAUAAUCAUUAUUCUAGAGGUCGAAAAAAUAGAGGGAAAGGAAGACAAGAAGAGUCUAAGGUUUUCACCCUUGAUGAGUGGGAAAAGAGUAAAGGGGCAGUGAAGCUGUCAAUUAAAAAUGAGCUUCCUGAUACCAGUAAUGAUGAAGAUCUUGCAUGGAAGCUUCAAAACCAACUUGAUUUGGAAGAAUCUCAUGCUACUGUGCAAAGGGGAAUGCAUGAUUCAGCAGCAGAGAAUAUUAAAAUGAGCAUGUUUAAUUAUGAAAAAGAUGAUGAUAGGAUUCAUGGUUUGGAAAACACAGGGAGUGGAAGGGGAAGAGGGAGAGGGAGAGGGAGAGGGAGAGGGAGAGGAAGGGGAAGAGGAACAGGAACAGGAAGAGGGAGGGGUAGAGGGAGACACAAUUAACCUUUUGGCUGUCGUCUCUACUCUCUGCCACCAUCGUUCCUUGUACCUCAUAAAUUUUUAUUUUUAAUCUUCUCUGUAUGUAUCCUCAGCUGUCAUAUACUUGUAGUGAGGAUGCCUGCACACUUUGAUUGGUCUAGUUGUGAUUGCAUUAGCGAAACUGGGAAUUUUCGUGUGUCCCUGUGUUUGAUUGAAGCUUACCAGAACUGAAGCAUUUAUAACGGACCAGGUAACUUAACUGUGCCAAAAUUUUUGUU